GAGGUUAUGUUUGUUGUGAUGCUCAUGUUUUGAGUUCUGAUUUUACAACUUUUAAUCAAUUAACACAAAAUGAUUGAAGAAGUGCAAAGACACUCAGUACACACGUUGGUGUUUCGAUCUUUAAAACGUUCCCACGACAUGUUCCUCUCCAAUCAGGGACAAUUACCGGCUGUAGAUGAGAAAAAGAUGAAAGCAAUGAAACAACUGCAUGAUGUUGAAGCAGGACCCAAUCCUCCUCCACCAGGUACGAUUGCCGAGAACACUGAAGCUGUCGUUCCAUAUACAACAACAACAAUUGCUACAAAGACACCCUUGCCUGGACAAAACGCUCAGGGCCAAAGUCUGAUGAAGAGGGCAAGCGUGAUGCCAAAACCAAAGUGGCAUGCACCCUGGAAGCUCUACCGAGUCAUUUCAGGACAUUUAGGGUGGGUUAGAUGCUGUACAGUUGAACCAGGCAAUGAGUGGUUUGCAACUGGUGCUGCUGACAGAAUAAUCAAAAUCUGGGACUUGGCAACCGGCCAACUAAAGGUAUCCCUCACAGGGCAUGUAAGUACAGUCCGUGGAUUAGCAGUGAGCACCCGCCAUCCGUAUCUCUUCAGUUGCGGCGAGGACCGUCAAGUAAAAUGCUGGGAUCUCGAAUACAACAAA